AUGCUGCCAUAUCUGAGAUCCGUCGUCGCUCAGGUACACCGAAAAUCGUUACCGAUCGGGCCUCGCCGUAGUUUCUCUUCAGAUCCUAGCAUAGGAAACGCGCCGAAGGUAGGAGCAGGAGAAGGUGUAAGUGGGUAUUUCGGAUUUAAGAUAGGUGGGAUGAUAUUGGGCGAUGUUGUAGCGGAUCUUAUGGAGAAGGAAGAAAAGGCAAAACAGGACUUCGCGGAAGAUGCAGAGAUAUUUGCCUUUUAUAUGGGAAGAAAGGUUUAG